GUAAGACAGGAGGCUAGGAGCCUACAGUUUUGCGGGUGGUGCUUACUGGCUACAAAAUGAGUCAAGGGGACACAAACUCCGCUGCUGUCCCUCAUGUGGCAGAGGACUUACACGGAGAUGACCGCUGGCUGUCACAGCACAAUAGAUUUGUCCUGGACUGCAAGGACAAGGAGCCAGAUGUUCUGUUUGUAGGUGACUCAUUGGUGCAGCUAAUGCAGCAAUAUGAGGUCUGGAGGGAGCUUUUUUCGCCACUCCAUGCAUUGAAUUUCGGUAUUGGAGGUGAUACAACCCGUCAUGUUUUGUGGAGACUUCAGAAUGGGGAACUAGAGAAUAUCAGACCAAAGGUCAUUGUGUUAUGGAUUGGGACCAAUAAUCACGAUAACUCAGCUGAAGAGGUGGCUGGAGGAGUGGAAGCCAUUAUAAAACUCAUCAACACACUGCAGCCACAAGCCAAGAUUAUUGUCAUGGGUUUGCUGCCACGUGGUGAAAAGCCAAACCCACUCCGCGAGAAGAAUGCUCGUGUGAAUCAGAUCAUACGCUCAUGGUUGCCUCGUUUGCCAGGGGUGCAGCUGUUAGAUGUGGACAAUGGUUUUGUGCACUCGGAUGGCGCCAUCUCCAGGCACGACAUGUUUGAUUUCCUCCAUCUUACUGCUUCCGGGUAUGCAAAAGUCUGCAGACCACUCUAUGAACUAAUCAUGCAACUUCUUGAAGAAACUCCAGAGGAAAAGCAGGUCACCCUAGCCUGACCCCUGCUUUGGCUCCAUCUUCGUUGUCCGUUUUACAACAUUGGCUGCCCCUCAUGCUCAAUGCAACUGCAUCAGCUGUAUAUUGAUAUGCGCAGUGUGUACACACAAGACUUGCAUUCACCUGUUCCACAUCUUCCUAUAAAUUCCCUUUACUGUCUGUCUUUGCUAAUGGCAGUCCUAAUAAUGCCUCCUCUGCAGAUCCUGAUGUGUAAUGUGGAGUUCAGGUUUCCCAGAAAAGGCAACAGCAUGAUAAUUUAUUAACAAUGAAGGGCAUUGUAUAAAACCAACAACACUUGUGGUUUACCAUGCCAGAGUAAACGGUCAUAAAACCAGUAGAAAGGCAUGUAAAAUAAUUAUAUUUUAUUCUCUAAAAUUGUUACAUUUUGAGGUAUCACUAAAACAUCUGCCAGUCUUACUUUUUAACAGUGAGACUGUCAAAUGUAUCACUGGCCAUUUAACAGGGUGGAUUUUUGUUUUUGCAAGCACUGAGUAGAUAAUGGUCUGUGUGUGCAUUUGACUGCUGUGCUUCUUAAAACAAACUGGCAUAAAAGGGGUUAAAUGUAGAAACAUCCUGCUUUGAGUAGGCAGCCCUUUUUCUGCCAGACUAGUUCUGACACAUGGCAAACCCUUGUAAUUUGUUUUAUAUGAUAUUUUGUCCUGUGUCUGUCUUAACCUUGAGCAGGGCCAACUCAGGCUGGAACUUUGUAUAUAUUUUGCUCGUAUGAUUUAUGUGUUUGAGAAUCUCUGGCCUGUCCAAGGGACCAACAGUUCCAUGGAUCAACACAAAAAGAAGCAGACUUAUAAAUGUGGUGGAAUUUUCUUAUGGAUUGUUGCAAACUGAGAAUGCAGUGCAUCGUACUGUGCUAUAGAGAGAGAGAGGGGAAGCAUAAGGUAGGCUGGAAUAAAUAUUUUAAAGUCAUCCCCUUACUUUAUUACAGAUAGUAAAGGGCAGCGGUUGUCAAACGUUUUCAUCUCAAGACCCUCUUGGACCAGUUAUCUAUAGAUUAUCCAUAGUUUGAAGAAUAUCUACAAGUUUACCAAAUCUCUAACUGAAUUUACCAAAUCUCUUAACUGAACUUUAAGCUGGGCUCUUGUGCAUUUAUGUGAAACUUAACAUUCAGUUAAGACUCCAUACCCUUACUGGCCCAAUAAUUUGGCAACCACUGGUGUAAGCAAUUAAUAGUUUACUUGAAAGGGAGCUGUCCAAUUUUGAAGACGGCAUGUGUUAUUAUAAAGUGACUUGUAUGCAAGCUUUCUUUUUUUCACAAGGCAUUAUUUAUUGGAUUGUGGCUGAAUAUUCUAAAUUAAGCUGUCCGUUUGGGAAUUUUUUUUCCUGAUUUGUUUGACUGCUUAGGUGUGCCCCAUAUCUACUUCUCAGCUGAAAUUCUGCUGGUUAACAAAAUGUUGUCUACAUUAAAGGCAUCAUUAAGAGUAUGGUUGUUACAAGGAAAAAAUGAGUGAUUUAGAUUGGCCGGCAUGCUUCGUGGGCUUUUUUGAAUAAAAUGUUUAACUAUGUUCUAUAAGUAAAUCCCAAUAAUUGUUAAAGGGGUGCGCAACCCGUAAAACAUUUUGCAUAAUAAAAUAACAUGUAAUUCUGAGCAACUUUCCAAUAUACAUUAAUUACACAAUAUCAAUGGAUUCAAGGUUAUUUAUCAUUUAUUUACUAUUGAGAGCAAUGUAGGGCUGAAUGUUUACAAUCUCCGUACCCCUGGCUGAAAUGUUUCAAUGUAAUCUUUCCUACCGCACACCUGUAGUUCACCAGUCCUGCAAUGGUGGUGCGUUCUUCCGUUGACCCGGCAGGAUGUUUGGUGGCUAAAUAAAACGGGAUACUCCCCGACUGCAUUAACUUGAGUGUGUGCGGAUCCGUUUCUAUACGUAUGAAAUGUUUCAAACCAGACCUGGAGGUGAACUGACACUGUUACAAUGUUCCUGGCCUAAAAAUGGAAAAGGAUAAACAAAAAUGUUUAUAAAAUUGCAAUUUAAUUAACAAAUAUGUUUUGGAAAGUUGUUUAGAAUUACAUUUCAUUAUUUAAAAAAAAUAAAAGUUGGUUAGAAUAUGCCUUUUAAUCAAAAUCCCGUACAUAUACUUUUAUUUUUUUUAGGAAAUGAUAUAUAACCAACAUAUAUAUAUAUUCUUUAAGUUGCAUAGACAUUGACUAUCCCACGGCAGCCCAAUUCUCUUAUUAGCAUCAUGCCAUUGUGUUCUUACUGAAAUUAAAUUGUGUGUGUAGGAUAUCUAUUAUUUUGUUAUAAAAAUAUAUAUAGUUCUAUAUUUUACAGCCUGGGACUACAGCUAAGGCAUCUUUCUUUAAAAGGGACCAAAUUUGAUUUACAGUCAGCAUUUGGGGAGGAUGGGUUCCCUGUACUGCUUGAAAUUCCUCUGUCUGUGUUUUAGCUCUGUAUAGCUUACAGUCUUCUUUUAUUCUUGAGCUUGCAUUUCUGUGUAUGACAAAUGUGAAAUGAUCCACCCUCUAUUAUUGUGACAGAUGUGUAUGGAGCGGCGUUAUAAAAUUCAUAUUUGAAUGUU